AUGAAGCUUAUAGAUGACCAUGCACAAAGUGUGCGAAACGUGAUUGACUGGAUUCUUGUUGCUGGUGAAAAAUGGCUUUUAACAUUACAUGAAAUUGGAGAAUCAUAUGAUGAUGCAAAGCAAUUAGUCAAGAAUCAUGCUGAAUUAGAAAUCAAGUCAAAGGAUCUAGAGGACCAAGUUAAUGAUUUGUCCAGCGUUGCCUGUCGUCUAAUAAGUGAGUUUCCGAUGCACAUGGUCACAAUCGAAAAAAACCGUGAUCAUCUCAGUAAUAUUUUGCAAGCUUUCUGUGCUAGAGUACAAAGACAAAGCAAAAUUGCACAGAAUUCAGUGGUUUUUCAUCAGAUGUUGAAUGAGUUUUCGCAUACAACCGAUUCAUUACUGGAGUCAUUAUGUACGGAAGUUAAAGCAUUUGACAUCGCAAGCGCUGAAGAAGAGAAAGGUGAAAUGGAAAAAAGAGUCGAAAAUAUGGAAAAAGCCUACCGCACACUUUUCGAAAAUGGAGUCAGCUUCAUUGAUGAACUCUGUAUCGAUGAAUCGAAUUCCAUCGGACGACCGGUGACUCGCGAUUAUUCAACAGGCAUUGUUCAUAUCAGACAAUGCCUUGAUGAAACAAGUGCCAGACGAAAAAGAUGCCAAGAUUUGACUGAUGUUCGACGAUUGAAAAUCCAACAACUCUUACAAUUAUAUACGUGUGAAAGUGAUAGUGAUCAAACUAUAAAAUGGAUUGAUGAACUGCAAGAAACACUGGUGAAGAAUUAUGAUCGAGUUGGAUGCAAUGAUGAUGAACUGGAUAUGCUUAAGAAGGAUGCAGUGAAACUGGAAGAAACCGCAAGAAGUACAUAUGAAUAUGGCAAGAAGCUAUGUCAAGCAGCUCUCGUACUUAGAAGAUCGCUUCGAUUGGAAGUGCAGCCUCAGUUAGCCUUAAAUCAAAAAUUGGAAACGUCAUGGGGGCGAUUUUGUCAUGCUCUUAGCGAUUAUGAAGCUAAAAUUAACAUAACAGCUGCAUUCAAUUUGGCUAUUAAAGAAGUCAUCGACAAGUUGGAUGAGCUCUGCUUUAAGGUUGGUGACUACAUAACAGAAAAACGAUUAAAUGGUAAAGAUACAAAGUUAUCUCUGGAAUCAUUAAAUAUCGAGAGAAAAUGCUUGGCAAAUGAUGUAAUGGAAUUGAAACAUAUUUCUGACAUUCUUAUCGAACAGACCAAAGUAAAAGCAGUUGCUGAAAUUCGUCGUAAAUUUGAGCAUGUUGAACAAAAACGUCGAAAACUGGAAAAUCUUUGGUUAAAUAGUAUUUGUACAACGAAUUCUUCAAAUGAUUUGCAACUUACAUCUGACGAAAAUAAAGUAUCACCAAAAAAAAAAACUGUGGCUCCAAUGGCUAACGAUCCAUCAUUUUCAUCAGAUAGCAGUUCACCACUAAUUUCAACAAAUUCUGUAAAAAUUACAGGCUAUAACGGAUCUCCUGUAGUAUUUUGCCAUCAUAAAUCUAAUAUAAGCCAAUCAAAACGGACAUAUUAA